CAAGCAGCUUGUUAAAGACGGUUCUACUGAAAAGAAAACACGGCACCCACUACUUUGGCAGUAUUCCACGCCCUAAUCCUUAAAUAUGGAUGAUGCAGAGUAUCAGAAACUGAGCUGUAACGUGGAAGGAUCGAGGCAAGAACAAUCAGGAUCUGGAACGGCUGUUAUUUAUACCUCAGCCGGAGAAGAACUUACCAUAAACUGUGAUAUUGUUCAUGAAAUGGAAUCUCAGACUUCAACUCAAAGAGACAAGUGGGGCAAAGGCGUGGAGUUUCUCUUCUCCUGCAUAGCCCUGUCCGUGGGUUUGGGAAAUGUCUGGAGAUUUCCAUUCAUAGCUCUGGAGAAUGGUGGGGGUGCCUUCCUUAUACCCUAUGUGAUAGUGCUCCUGUUGAUUGGUCGACCUGUUUACUAUCUGGAGGUGAUCAUUGGACAGUUUUCGAGUCGUGGCUGUAUCAGAGCUUUCGACAUGGCUCCCAUAAUGAAGGGGAUAGCUUAUGGCCAAGUUUAUUCGACUGCUCUGGCCACCACCUAUUAUGCCUGCAUUAUGGCCCUGACUAUACGUUAUUUGGUGGCCAGUUUUUCCGAAAUCCUGCCCUGGACUUACUGCCUGGCGGAGUGGGGUAGUAGCUGUGUGGCCACUGCAGCUUCUUUGGAAAAUAAUUCAUUUGUUUCCCAAGGAGUUUCCUCAGCAGAGCUUUUUUUUACACAAACUGUUCUAAGAGAACCCGAAACUCUGGAGGAGAGUGGCUUGGGAACACCUAGCUGGGAUUUGGUACUCUGUCUCAUGGCCACCUGGUUGAUCAUUGCCACUAUCCUGUGCCGCGGAAUUCGUAGUUCUGGAAAGGCAUCUUAUUUCCUAGCCCUAUUUCCGUAUGUGAUUAUGUUUAUCCUACUCAUCAGAGCGGUUACCUUGCCAGGAGCUUGGCGGGGCAUUGUGUACUUCUUGGAGCCACAAUGGUCCCAGCUUCUGAGUCCCCAUGUCUGGUAUGCGGCUAUAACUCAAAUGUUCUUUUCAUUGGCCAUCUGCUUUGGUACUCUUGUGAUGUACGCCUCCUUCAAUGAUUUCCACAAAAAUGUUCACAAAGAUGUAAUUAUUAUAACCACUAUUGAUUCGCUGACCUCCAUUCUGGCUGGAUGCAUCAUUUUUGGGAUUCUGGGCAAUCUGGCCUAUGAGACAAAUACCAGUGACAUAUCUCAAGUCGUCAAGGGCGGAGCUGGCCUGGCUUUCAUCUCGUAUCCCGAAGCCAUUGCUAAGUUCAAGUACCUGCCCCAGUUGUUCUCCGUUCUAUUCUUCUUCAUGCUGUUGGUGUUGGGCAUCGGAUCCAACAUUGGCAUGGCCAGCUGUGUGAUCAACGUGGUCAAAGAUCGCUUCACCCACCUGCCGCACUGGCUUCUGGCUGUAGGUGCCUCCCUGAUUGGAUUCCUGUGCGGCUUGGUUUACAUGACCCCGGGCGGCCAGUUCGUAUUGAACCUGGUGGAUUUUUAUGGUUGCACGUUUAUAGCUCUGGUAUUGGCGAUUGCUGAGCUCCUGGCAGCUGGUUGGGUUUACGGCGUCAAGCGCAUUUGCAGCGACAUUGAGUUUAUGUUGAACAUAAAAACUAGCUUCUACUGGCGCAUCUGCUGGGCCAUCAUUGCCCCUGGCUUAAUGUUUCUGGUCUUGGUGUACAUGCUCUUCAGCUAUGAGCCGCUCACCUACCGUGGAGUGCAGUAUCCACCGGCCUACUACAUGGCAGGAUGGGCCAUUUGGGCACUGGGGGUGUUGCAACUACCCUUCUGGGCUGUGUACACCAUAUAUCAUCAGCCUGGCAAGACUUUUUCCAGUAAACUACGAAUGUCCUUGCAACCCACUGCGGACUGGGGCCCCUUGCAGAGUCAAGAGUAUGAGGCAUAUAUGCUUCACCGAAAACGUGAAUCGGAACUGAAAUCACAACGUGGCUCGUAUAUUUUCGACAAUAUCUUUGGCUGAA